ACAUUUUUUCUCGAAAUGUUCUCUUUUCUCAUCCCAUUGUGGGACGCUAAUAAGUUUACUAUUGCUUCCGUGACCUCCGUAGUCUUCUUAGCCUUUGCCGGUCUAACACUCGCAGUUUCGACCGUGGCAUUAGUUGUAUCCGCACCGCUUUUCAUCAUUUUCAGUCCGAUUCUCGUACCCGCGACUAUAGCCACUACCCUCCUAGCCACUGGGUUAACGGCCGGUGCCACGCUCGGACUGACCGCCAUUGGCCUCAUCAUGGGGCUCAUUAAGACUGCGGAAAGAACUCCGUUGGCUCUGUCAGCCCAAAGACCAUUGAAACUGCUAAAGUUUUGGGGUGGAUAUUGGGGAUUCUGGGGAGGGAAAACAUUUUCAGGAUCAUUCGGAGACAUUUUAAAAUGGUUAAGAAAACAACCUUGGUACAAAGGUAUACCAGCAGGCGGAGCUGCACCACCGGCGGCAGGAGCUGCACCACCAGCGUUUUUAUCAAUUGACAAAUCGAUUUAG